GAUUCUUCUGGCUGUCCACCUUUCUCAAUAUGUCAAGCACCAAUUUUCGCCUAGAAUCGUUUCGUCUAUGGAACCCUUUCUAAGACAAAGCUCAGCCAUUACGCGAUCCCCCCGAGAGCUUCUAAAUUUUGAAACUAUCGAUCCUGCAAUCCUUAAUGACUAUGUAUCUCCGGUUACCGAACGGGCUCAAAUAACUAUGAGUAUCGCCGGUAUCGCAACGCACCCGGAAGAAUGCCCCCCGGAGUUUAUUCGCUCUUAG